UAAAACCUCUACUAAUGGUCUUUGUCUGAAGGCGGGGAACCGGGCAUCAGUUUGGCUGUUAUUUAGUAACAAACAGAAGGUUACGAGUUAAUUUCUGGGGGGAUUAUACGAUCAUCGGACGGGCUUUACGUUAAACGGACAAGAUAUGGACCAUGUCGGAGAUCAGACGGGGUAUUCUUGGCCCGGUUGUGAGGACCUCCUCGGGUAACUCGUCCUAUCGGGUUUGAUCAGAGACACCUCGCUGCUCGGCGGCUCUGAACGGAUCAUCAUCAUCAUCAUCUUGUCGCUUCCUGGUCCGCUCAGGAACCAAAGGAUCCCCGAGUUAGAGCGUCUCCUCGCCCUGUAGACCCAGAGGACGGGGUGAUGCCUGCCUGGUCCUGUUUUAAUAAGGCGACUGCUCUGAUCUAAAGGUUACUUUGUGUCUUUAGAUGUUGUCUCCCAGGCUCUCUGGACCAGAGUCGAUCAGGCUGUGAUCGAUCAGGCUGUGAUCGAUAUGCCUGCGAUCCAAACAAACGCCAACAACCUUCUGUAACGGGGGUAAGAUGAGGUCUGGAACCGAGAGGACAACCACGUUAAGGACGCGAUGACCAGUCUGUUGAAGUGGUAGGAAGUGAGGGAAUCAUCACGACUCGGAGAGAGGAACCGUGCAUGAUGCAUGACCAGGGACUGUACACAUGAGGAGGCUUCUCCACCAACACCCAGACUCGGGAUAGUACUUUAAGUCUUAACAUGUCCCCCCUCGCUCAUUCAAUACUAGGCUUCUAGAGUUGGGACUGUGUAGGGGCUCUGUUGUGUUCUCUAGCGGGACAGCCGUCCUGUCACCCCUCUCCCCUGGACCCACGUGGGGUGCAUGUCGGGACGGGGGCGGAGGUCCGGACCGAGACACCGAGGUGGAGGUCUGUUCCAGGCGGUAGGCCUUGGAAACCGGAUACAUGCAAACGAUAACCGAGCUCGUUAAAAUGGCUGGCGAUUGCACCUACAACCCGCACUACGGAAGUGCAGAGACGUUCUGCCCGUCCUCGAACGGAGACCCGGUUAGGGACCGGAACGGGAGGGGACCUGCUCCCCGCUCCCCCAACUUCGAGGUGAUCGACGGGCUCCUCUACCGGAAAAAGCUGGAGCGAGGUUUCAUCAACUACCGGGAGGUGUUGAAGGAGGACCGGCGACACGAGGCGGUGUCCACCUUCCACCGGCGGCGGUCCGGCCCGCGGCACCUGUCCUUUGAGGAGACGUACAAGUGCGUGGCGGAGAACUACUGGUGGGACGGCAUGUACCAUCACAUCCGGAGCCACGUCCUGGGCUGUCCCGAGUGCCAGCGCACGCAGAAACCCCAGCGCGGCGGGGGCAGCGUCACCAUGACGAUGGCGUCGCACGGCGCCGAGGUCCUGCGGCGCCUGCAGUUCCAGCGGGAGGCGGGGCUGUUCUGUGACAUCACGCUGCGGACGGAGGGCCGCUCCUUCUCGGCCCACCGCGCCGUGCUGGCCGCCGCCAGCGAGUACUUCCAGGAGACGCUCGGCGAGAAGGAGGCGGACGCCCGCGCCGACGUGGACCUCACCGGCUUCAGCGAGCAGAGCCUGCUGCCGCUGCUCCACUUCUCCUACUCGUCCACGCUGCGCGUCCGGCCGGAGGACCUGCCGGAGGUCAGCGCCAUGGCUCGCCACCUGGGGAUGUGGCCGGCGCUGGAGGCCUGCUCCGCCCUGCUGAGGGAGCAGACGGCCCCCCCGCCGGCCCCCAGGGGCCUCCGGACCACCCCCUCCGCCGGGGCCGCCCCCCAGGGCGGGGCCCGGCCCCACCGGAAGAGGGAGCGGCUCUCCUCGCCCGCGGCGGAGGAGCCGACGGAGGACGGCGGUCCCCGCCGCGCGGCGAGGCGGAGGCCCCCGGGGACGCCCCCGCAGAACGGCGCCCUGCACAGCCCCGCCCACCCCCGGAUGAAGCUCAUUGACUUCAAGUCUCCGUCCUGUAAGAAGGCCUGUAGGCCCGCCCCCUCCACGCCGCCACGGCCCCGCCUCCCGCCGGCCGCCUCGCCCCUCCCCUCCCCCCCGCACACCCGCCUCCUCCGCUCCACCCCCGGGGCGGCGCAGGAGGUGCUGAGGCUGCUGCCCCGCCCCGAGAGCCCCCGCAGGAACAAGAAGGCCCCCCCGCCGCCCCGCCGGCGGCCGGGCCCCGUCCGGGUGAAGCAGGAGCCGCCGGAGGAGGAGGAGGGGGAGGAGGGGGGGGAGGAGGGGGGGGAGGGGGGCUACGAGCGGGCGCAGGAGAAGUACCGCCUGAUGAGCGUCCUGGGGCUGCAGCGCACCGCCCUGCUGCCGCGGCCCCAGGACCUGGUCGGCUGGCGGCAGAAGAAGCGCCUCCGGAAGCUGAAGGCCAACAACUACUGCCUGACCAAGAGGAGGCCCCCGCGGGCCCCGGGCCCCGGGCCGGCCCCCGCCCGCCUCCUGAAGGCGGAGCCUGAGGACCGGCCCGUCGCCCCCCCCCCGCGGGCCCCGCCCAGCGACCGCAGCAUGAGGAGCAGGGGGGCCGCGCCCGCCCCCCCGGAGCCGGCGUGCGGGGGAGGGGGCGGGGCGCUGCGGAGCUCCCCGCGGCGGGCCGUGAGCGCCCCGGUCCGCCCGCCGCCCGCCCCCCCCGCCGCCGCCGUGUUCCGCGCCAUCAAGGCGGAGCCGGUGGACUACUUCAUCACGGGGCCGCCGCCCCCGCCGCACGGUCGCCGUGACGACGUCGGGCCAGUGGCGCGGGAGGACGCCGCCGCGAGGGCGCCGCUCUGCAACGGCCGCCGCCCGCCGGCGCCCGGGGCCCGGCCGCGCCACAUGGCGGCGAGGCGGCCCCCCGGGAGGACCGCCCCUCCCGCCGACGGGAGCCCCCCGGGGCCGCCGGCCGGCCGACCGGACGGGCUGGAGGCCUCGGGCACCCCCACCACCCCCGCCCCCCCGCCCCCCUCCCUCUACAGCCACCCGCUGUACCGGGUCAUCAAGGAGGAGCCCGCCGACCCCCUGCCCGUGGGCGGGGCCUUCCCGGAGCCCGCCCCCCCGGGCCCCGGCCCCCCCGACCUGGGCAAGAGGCGGAGCAAGCCGCCCAUCAAGCUGCUGGACCCCGGCUUCCUGUUCAGCUUCUGCCGGCCGGGGGGGGUGCCGCCGGGGGGGUUGAAGCGGGAGGAGGACUCGGUGGACAUCUGCCUGACGCGCUCCGUGUCCCGCGAGCAGUUCGCCGCCGCCGGCCCCCAGCCCCGCGUGCUGCGGCCCCGGGGGGCCCCCCCCGCCGCCCCGCCCCCGCUGAGGGUGAAGCGGGAGCGGGUGGAGAAGAGCGUGAGCCAGGGGGGGGGGCCGAGGGCGCGGUCGCAGCCCCCCCGCAGCACCACCCAUCACCGGGGCCCCCCCCCCAGGACCACCAGCACCGCCUCCCACCGGGCCCGCCCCGCCCGCCCCAGGACCGCCUCCCCCCGGGCCGGCCCCGCCCCCCCCCCCAGGACCCCGCGGGACACGCCAAAGACACCGGUCCGCGCCCUCGCCGGCCGCCGUUGCAUCCUGCUGGGGGCGGCCCGGCCCUCGCGGCUGAAGCCCCGCCCCCGGCCCCCCCCCGGGCUGAAGGACCCCCGGGCGGCCCACUGCUGCCUGACGUGCCACACCACCUACCGGGACUGCCUGGCGCUGGUCAUGCACCGGCUGAGACACGUGGAGGGAAAACACUGGCCCUGUCCGCUGUGCAGCAAGAACUUCUUCAGGCUGCGCAACGUGAGGAACCACAUCCGGACCCACGACCAGACGCUCUACAAGUGCCGCAGCUGUGUGGCGGGCUCCUGAGGGGAGGGUCCGCCUCGCUGGAGGGACGCAACGCUGGGACGUGAUUGGUCCGCUUGUAACACACACACACACACACACACACACACACACACACACACACACACACAGCACAACAGGUCGGAGGCAGGGGGCCGUCGUCAUGGCGGCGGGUCGCUCCUGGACAACAUGGCCGCCGCCGUGUGCUCCUCGCUGCACGGGUUCUCCUCUCACACACUCAGGCUCUUUGUUCUGUGAGGGGUUAUUGUCUCCGUGUACAUUUGAUAAAAACGCAUCACAAUUUGUAUAUAAACGGAAUGGAUAUUGAUUGUGAUGCUAAAUAUUACUACUAUGACUUAUUGCUAUGGCUAUUGUUAUUAUUAUUUUUCUAUGUAUAGAUGAAUCUCCAGUGCACUUAUAAUCAUGGCCCUGUGUUUCGUUAAACCUAAGAAACGUGAAUGAAGCGCAGAAUGUCGCCCCCUGCUGGGGAAUACUUGAAGUGCGGGCGGUCGAUGGUUAGCGGUAAAUCCUCCGUGUCUCUCCAGAGGCUCUGGUCGGGACUGGAGGUACAAGGGGCAUGGUCGCAUGAGUAGUCCACAGUCUUGACCAAAUGCUGCCGUUGGAAUGAAAAAAGGGAAAAGUGUAUUUUAAAUGUGAAUCACCACUUGUAGUCAGAAUCGCAGGUGUGUUUUAAUGAUUUAUUAAUCCAAAACAAGGUAUUCGUUUCUCUGGAUCCGGUUUCCCUCCUGCUGAAUAACUGCAAUGUGUGCACAAAGAGAGACAUUUAAAAUGUGUUUGAGAAAUUGAUUUUGGAAAUUGAGCGUUAUCAUAUGGCUUUUCUGUAAAAAGAUGAUAUUGAAUAAAAUUCUUCCUUUUAAAUAUCA